AUGGCGUGGCGCCAGCUCCUCCCGUCUCACUCGGGGCUCCUGCCUUUGUGCGCCGCCACGGGCGGCUCGCUCUUGGCUGCUCGCUCGAUUGCCCGCUGCUCUGGGGCCGACGCGUCCGCUGCGGGCCCGUCGAUCCACGCACACUCGUACAGUGAUGGACACCAACGACGCGCCCCUCGAAUGGUUAUCGGAGACCCUGAUGAGUUCGCCCGCAAGAUGAGGAAGUUCACGCGCGACGGAGCGGACCAGUUGCUGGUGAUCGCCGACUUCGACCGCACGCUGACGCCGUACUACAAGCAGCGCAGCGACCCCAAGGCGCCGCUGCAGCAGGAGAGCAGCAGCCACGGCCUGCUCAUGACCAGCAGCGUGCUGCAGCCGCAGGUCUGCGCGGGGGAGCAGGAGCUCUUCGCCAAGUUCUACCCCGUGGAAAUGUCCCCGACGCUCUCGGACGAGGAGAAGCUGCCCUUCAUGGAGCAGUGGUGGAACAGCGCCCACGCGUUGCUGGUCGAGUACAAGCUGACCCAGGAUCAGGUACAGCAAGCGGUGGCUCUCGGCUCGCUGAGCUUCCGCCAGGGCUUCCACCCGCUCCUCAAGCUGCUCCACGACCAGCAGGUGCCCACGCUCGUCUUCUCCGCGGGGCUCUACGACGUCAUCCACGCUGCGUUGGAGCAGGAGUUCGCAGCUGAGAGUAAGCGUAACGGAGGAGUUCAAGGGGGUAGGGAGGCCAGCGACCGAGUGUUCACGCCUAGCAACGUGCACGUCGUGUCCAACAUGAUGCGGUUCGACGCCAACGGGGUCAUCGAGGGCUUCGACGGAGCGCUCAUCCACUCGCUCAACAAGAGCGCGCGCGUGCUUCUGGACUCGCCCUUCUGGCACAGCUGCGAGCUGGAGAAGCGACGCAACGUGCUGCUGCUUGGAGACUCGAAGGGCGACGUCCAUAUGGCCGAAGGACUGGACGAAGAGGAGAUCAUCCGGGUCGGCUUCCUCAACGUGCAUGUGGACGAGGCGCUGGACGAGUAUCUGGAUCUGUACGACGUGGUGUUCACGCACGACGCGAGCUUGGUGCCCGUGCAGAUGCUCGUCGAGCAGAUGACGGCGGCGGCGAAGAAGAAGAAGUAG